AUUAGAGAGAAUGGAUUAGAGAGAAGUAAAAAAAAAAUUAAUUUCUUUUGUUAUAUUUACUAUGAAAUUAAAUUUAUAAAUAUAAGGUUCAUCAGACUUUAUCAAUUAAGGUAGCUGAUAUUUACGUUAAUUAUUUAUUAUGUUUAUAAGUUGGGCCAAAAUCGGGUGGACUACUUAAAAUCCUAUUCAUCUCAUAACAAUGAGGCCAAGAUCAUAUCCUUUUGGCACCAUUCAAGACAACAUCUUGCUGGUAAGAUUGAUUAGCCUUACUAUUUGUUCCCCCCUUAUCUUCUACUUCUAUAUAUAAUCAUCAUAAUUAUAUUCCUACUAUAUAUUCAAUUCAUUCAAAUUUUGUUUGUAAACCUAAAUGAUCACUUUGGUUAUUUUUCUUGUAUGACCAAAAAUUAUGCAUGAGCCUAUUAGUGUCCCAACAUGCUUUUCCACCGGAGAAAAACUUCCAAUUCCAACGGCUACCACAAUCACUACUUUAACACGAUCAGGCUCUGGUGCCAACUCACCCCAAAGCCUGAUCAUGUCAGUAUACCGAACCAAUAUAGCUAGCCAACUUCGGCUAGUCACCAUAGCAUGGUGCAAAAACCUUCUCCUCCACGGACUAUCCGUGUCCCUGGACGGAUCAGAAGGUCAAGACCAUUACCAUUGCAAGGUUGAACUUAAACCAUGGUACUUUUGGAGGAAGCAAGGGAGUAAACAAUUUAUGGUGGAUGGAAAAUACAUAAAUAUUGUUUGGGAUCUUAAAACAGCAAAAUUUAAUGGGGAAGUUGAACCACAAUCAGAUUAUUAUGUUGCAAUUGUUUGUGAUGAUGAAGUUGUUCUUGUGAUUGGUGAUAUGAAAAAAGAUGCAUUUAGAAGAACUGGGUGUAGACCUUCUCUUAUGGAUCCUGUUUUAGUUUCAAGAAAAGAACAUGUUUUUGGUAAGAAAAAGUUUUCUACAAAGGUUAAAUUUCAUGAAAAAGGAAAAUGUCAUGAAAUAUCGGUUGAAUGUAAUAAUAGUAAUUAUAAAGGUGAUUAUUUUGAAGGGAUUAGUGAUAAGAAUAGUCCUGAAAUGGAAAUUAAGAUUGAUGGAGAAUUGGGUACUCAAGUUAAGCAUCUUCAAUGGAAGUUUAGAGGUAAUGGAUUGAUUGAUGUUAAGGAGACUAAACUUGAAGUUUAUUGGGAUGUUCAUGAUUGGAUAUUCGGGUCGGGUCCAAGACAUGCUAUGUUCUUAUUCAAGUUGUCAUCGUCAUCACCAUCAUCAUCAUAUUCAGUAUCACCAUCAUCAUAUUCAUCACCAUUGCAUCGUGAUGAUUGGGGUGAUGAAUCACCAGAAUUUAGCUUAUUUUUGUAUGCUUGGAAAGUUGAAUGAUGAUUAGUAUUUCAAGCAUGUGUAAGGUGUAACUCAGUUAAGAUGCCUUAAAUAUGAAUUUACGUUGAUUUAUAUCAUUUCUAAUUUAUUUAAUGACUAUUUUUAAGGUCCCAAAUUAUAAAAAAUGAAAAAAAAAAUUAAAAAAUUAUAUUAUAUAAUUGCUCCUUUUGCUUGUUUAUGAUCAUAUGAUGAUCACAUCAUUAUAUCAUUAUAUGAUCUUAUAAGAAUUUGAAUGGAAAGAAGAAGAGAGGAACAAGAGUUGGUCAUAUCACAUGGGAAGAGAGGAGCCCACAUUAAGGAAGCUUGCGUUUGGAACAGUUGGAAAAUUAUGGCAUUGAAUUAAUGUAAGGAGUAAAGACAAUACAGAUUGAUCAUUGAUGGGAUGUACAGUUAUUUGCAUUGUGUCCUAUAUUAUUCCAUAUCAUAACAAGUUUUAAUGCAAAAAACCAU